AUGGCUACUCGCAUCCUUCGACCAUCGAAUCUCCAACCCAUCAGCCGCGCAUUUGGCUCCACAAGAACGCAUCUGCAUCCGCAAGCUCCGCGCGACAUCACUUCAUUUCUCCGCACAUUCUCAACCACCUACCGCAAUCACGCACCCAGCACUAUGUCCGACGCACUCGUCCAGGCCGCUCAGGCCCGCCGCACCAUCUAUCAGCUCGGCAAGAACAGCCCCGUUUCUGACUCCAAGGUCGAAGAGCUCGUCAAUGCCGCUAUUCUGAACGUCCCCAGCUCUUUCAACACCCAAUCGACACGCCUCGUUGUUGUUCUGCGCGAGGAACAUGAGAAACUCUGGGAUAUUGCCAUUGAGGCCUUCGGAGCACUCGUUGCUAGCGGUGCCGUUCCCGAGGAGGUGUUCAAGAACCAGACUCUGCCAAAGUUGCAGGGAUUCAAGGCUGCUCAUGGAACUGUUCUCUUCUACGAGGACCCUGCUCACAUCCAGGGCUUCAAGGAGAAGUUCUCGGCUUACGCAGACAAGUUCGAGCCUUGGGCCGACCACUCCAACGCCAUGCACCAGUACUUCCUCUGGACUGCUCUCGAAUCUGUUGGCUUCGGCGCCAACCUGCAGCACUACAACCCUCUGAUCGACGCCAAGGUCGCUGAGCAAUGGAGCCUGCCUGCCGAAUGGCGGCUGGUCGCUCAGUUGGUCUUUGGUAGCCCCGAGGCGCAGGCUGGCGAGAAGACCCAGAAACCCAUUGAGGACCGGGUCAAGAUAUUCGGCAAGCUAUAA